AAAUGUAACUACCAAUUAUGUCAAAGUUGGCUGCCCUUUUAACCAAUCGGGUUUUUAUUCACGUGGUCCCAAAAAAUGUGUGAACUUUACUUUUACACACAGUGCAUUAGUUUAAGCUCGAAAUAAUAUUCAUGUUAUUUAUGAAGAUAUUAUGAGAGAGAGAUCCAAGAAAUUAUGAAGUUUGCGUUCAAAUUUUCCAAUCUGUUUGGGACAGUGUACCGGAAGGGCAAUCUGCUCUUCACUCCAGAUGGGAAUUCAGUCAUCAGUCCUGUGGGGAACAGAAUUACAAUUUACGACUUAAAAAAUAACAAAUCUUCAACACUGCCAGUUGAAGGCCGUUUUAAUUACGUAACUCUUGAUUUAUCACCAAAUGGCUGCACCCUUAUAGCUGUUAAUGAAGAGGGAGAAGCCCACCUGAUCAGCAUGGUGAGUCGGAGGGUAAUCCACAAGUACCGUUUCCGACGGCCUGUCUCAUGCCUGCGAUUUAGUCCGGAUAGCAAGCACUUUGCAGCGUGCAAGGAUAACAAUGUUUUUGUCUUCAAGGCCCCAGGACUCUACUCUGGGGAGUUCAACCCAUUUAUCAUGGAACGCGUUUUCCACGGCUCUUUUGAUGAAACAACUUGUAUGGAUUGGUCUUCAGAUUCAAGGGUCCUGGCUGUUGGAUCAAAGGAUAUGACCACAAAACUGUACAGUCUUGAGAAGCUUGCCAACUUCAAGACGUACUCUCUGGGUAGCCAUACUGACUCGGUAGUGGCCUGCUUCUUUGAGAAGGGCUCCCUAGAUCUUACAACUGUCAGUCGUAAUGGACAGGUGUGUGUAUGGGAGUGCAGUAUUGACAUAGACUUGCUGCGACCGUGGGAGCCACCUGCCAAGAAGACACGUGAGGAGACCCAUAGUGAUAGCGAAGAUGAUGUGGACACUUCCAGAGCUGAGGACAGUCGAGCAGUAGAGGAAGUAACCGCGGAUCCGACAAACAGCGACAAGCUAUUUUACAAGCGUGUGGCGCGACACUACCUAUGUGACCUGGUCAGAGAGCAGCGUGAUGUCAAGCUGACUUCUGCUGCAUAUCAUAAAGAGACGCACAUUCUCAUCACUGGCUUCUCCAAUGGAUCGUUCUUUGUGCACGAGCUUCCGGAAGUCAACCACAUUCACUCGCUCAGUAUCUCAGACCAGCAGAUCUCAUCCAUAGCAUUAAACAGCACUGGAGACUGGAUAGCUCUGGGGUGUAUCGGCUUGGGCCAGUUACUGGUGUGGGAGUGGCAGAGUGAGACGUACGUCAUGAAACAGCAGGGCCACUUCAACAAUAUGACGUGCUUUGCUUAUUCUCCGGACGGACAGUACAUUGUCACUGGAGGAGAGGAUGGGAAGGUAAAACUAUGGAAUACUAGCACUGGGUUUUGCUUUGUGACAUUUCACGAGCACACUUCAAGCAUCUCUGGUGUGCAGUUUAGCCGCAACAGGAAGUUCAUCAUCUCGGCUUCUCUUGAUGGUACUGUUAGAGCCUAUGAUAUGACAAGGUAUCGCAACUUCCGCACCUUCACGUCUCCACGACCAGUGCAGUUUGCCUGUGUAGCCCUGGAUUCAACAGGAGAGUUUGUAGCUGCAGGCGGACAUGACGUGUUUGAAAUUUACUUGUGGUCUAUAAAGAUAGGCCGACUUUUAGAGAUAUUGACUGGACAUGAAGGCCCGGUCGUGAGUGUGGCAUUCAGUCCAACUCCAGCCAGCACCGCCCUGGCGUCAGUCAGCUGGGACAAGACGCUCAAGCUCUGGAAUGCUGUUGAGUCUGGGAGUAGUCACGAGACCAUUCAGCUCACGGCAGAUGGACUGUGUGUGACGUACAGACCAAAUGGAGAAGAGGUGGCAGUGUCUACACUGGAUGGACAGAUUACAUUUUUUCACUGCAAGACCUCACAAGAGAUUGGCAGUAUUGAGGGGCGCAAUGACCUGGGCAGUGGACGUUCUGAUACGGACCUCAUCACGGCCAAGAAGAGCCUUCAGGGAAAAGCAUUCACGAGUCUGUGCUACACUGCAGAUGGCACUUGUAUCUUAGCUGGUGGACAAUCGAAGAAUGUUUGUAUAUACAAUGCCCGCGAAGCUCUACUACUGAAGAAGUUUGAAAUCACACAGAAUCGCUCCUUCGAUGCUGUCGAUGACUUUAUAAACCGACGUAAAAUGACGGAGUUCGGCAACAUGGCGUUGGUGGAGGAACGAGAGGAAGGCGGGAACGUUGCGAUAAGAUUGCCGGGAGUGCGAUCUGGUGACAUGGCUGCAAGGGCUUUCAAACCAGAAGUGAGGGUGUCUUGUCUACAAUUCUCGCCCACAGGUCAGGCGUGGGCGGCCGCCACCACAGAGGGCCUACUUAUCUACUCCUUAGAUAAAGGCAUGGUGUUUGAUCCAUUCCAGUUGGAACAGGACAUUACACCCAACUCUAUCAGGAAGUCACUUCAAGAAGAGGACUGGGCGAAAGCCCUGAUGAUGUCUCUGAAGUUGAACGAGCAUGAUCUCAUUCAGGAGGUCGUGGAGAGCAUCAGGCCUGUUGAUGUGGAAUUGACUGUGAGGUCACUGCCUGAAGUUUACAUGGAACGCACACUUAAAUUUGUGGCAUCAAGCCUGGAAUCUACACGCCAUGUGGAAUUCUACCUGAUUUGGAUACAGCACAUGCUGACAGCGUAUGGGCCCACAUUUCAGGUUCACUUAAAGCAAGCGCAGGUGAUGCCCAUCCUGCUCACUCUGCAGAAGAAUCUCACAAAGAAGUACGAGGAACUGGCUAAAAUAUGUGACUUCAAUAAGUACACUCUUCAGUACAUUAGAAAGCUUGGAGAGAUCAGAAGUUCAGUCAAGGCGCAAGAGGACAUGGAAGUUGAGACUGUACCAGGUAUAGGUGUCUAAGGGAGCAGCCGUAUUCACGGGAUGACCGAAUGAGACGUCAGUCCUCCGUGGCUUGCAAAGGGGAGUGUGGAUCAAGCAUGUGCAAGCUGUGGUCCAUUAGACAAGUGCAGUCUGUUGAUCAUAUUUGUUUUGGGCCACAAGCUUUAAUGGUUUUAUUUAGAAACGGACUUGUGGAAAUGUAAUUCUUUGAUAAUAAUCGAUAGUUCUGUUGUUUUGUUGUACUCGAUAAAACUUUGUGCCCUCGCGUUUGUGCUGUUGCUUUGUGGAGUGAGAAUCCACUGACGCGUUUUGCUCAUUUGAACACAUUGCAGAAUACAUUAAAUUUUCUCUUACAUA